AUGCAAAAAGACGGUUUUCGGUUGGAAUAUUUAGAAGUGAUUGGGAUUGAUAAAAUUACUAGCAAACGAAAAGAAGAAAUUUUUGAGGAAAUUUUACACAAUUCCAAACUUCACAAAGUCACAUUCACUGAAGCAAAUAAAUUACUUGAAUCGGAAAUUAAAAGUAAAAUUUUAACGGAAACAGGAUUACAAUAUCCAAAUGAAAUUCAAUCUGGAAUGGAAAUAAAUAUAAAUCAACAAGAAAGCCGACCAAACAAUUAUUCUGAAAUUGUUAAAUUUGAAUUAAACAAAAUCAAGGAAAUAUUUAAAAAACAAAAAGAAGAGAAGGAAAUGGAUAAAAUUAAAAGAUUAACAAAAGACUUGAGAUAUAUUAAUUCUGAAUACUUCCAACAAUUUGAAUGGAAGAUUAAAUUAAAAACAGAAUGUCAAAAAUGUUCAGAUUUUAUUUUAAUUGAAAAAAUAUUUGGAUUUGAAAAAACCAAUCUUGAUUUAAAUGAAAAGGAGAAAUGUAAAUUUGUAAUUGAAUAUUCAGAAAAUGAUUUAGUAAAGGAUUUAAAAUUAAAUAAAAAUUCAGAAGAAGCCAAACAAAUUGAGGAAAUAUUUAAAUUAUUAAAAUUAGUUAAAUCACUUUUAACUGAGCAACAUAAAAAUUUAAAUAAAUUGUUUGAGAAUUUAAAUAAAGCAAUUAAUUUAAUUGACAAUACAAAUCCAAUGAUUGCUUAUUUUAAUGAAUUAAAGGAAAUUGAGGAAAAUGCAAAGUUUAGGGCUGCACGUAUUUUACAGUUUUGGAAAGGGCCUAGAAAAGUAAUUUUUGAUGAAAAAGAAAUUAAACGACAAGACGAGAUUGUUGAAGAAAUGGAGAAAUUAAUUGAAGACGAAGAGAAUAUUAAAGAAUUUGAUGAACGAUUGAAAAAUAAAUUUGAUUUUUUGGUGAAAAAUUGGGAAAAAAUAUUUUUAUCCAUUAAAGUACAAAAUGAAGGAAUUUUUGAAGAAGAAGAAAAAAAUAUUUUUUACAAGCAAAUAGUGCCUGAAAGUGGGGAAAUUAAAAAGAAAUUUGAAAAGUCUGGUCCUCUUUUUGUUGGAUAUUGUUUAACUAAAAGAAUUGAAAAUUCAUUCAAUAAAGAUGGAACUGUGAAAUUUUCUCAAUUUUUGAGUAAUGGUGUUGGACAGGAAUAUGGAUGGGAAUUGAAAGAAGUUUUGGGGCAAAAACGCAUUGAUAUUGGACAUUACGAGAAUAUACAAAAACAAAUUAAAGAAAAAUUAGAAAAUGUGUGUGAGGAAAUUUUCAAAAAUAAAUGUGAAUUAUUUUUGGAACAUGAAUUACAAUAUUGGCAUUCUUUUUGUUCUAUUGAUACAGAACAUUUACGUUUUGAACAUUUUGAAGAAAUGAAUGUUGUUACUAAUGGUUAUCAAAACAAAAAAGAAGAUGAAAACAAAGAUUCUUUUGAGGAAAUAACUUUUGAUGAAUUUGGAGAUGAUAGUAAAUUCGAAGGAGAAAUUGAAGAAUUGAAAUAUUGA